UGGAAUACGGCCGUUGUUGACGAAGAAGCUUAUCUUGGCUCACCAUUCGCUUGUGUGCGGAUUGCGCGGCCAAAUUGAAGCAAUAUGGCGGAUUGACACAACAACUUUUAAUGCGCGAUAUGUAGAUUAUUUUAACUGUGGAACCACGUUUACAUCGACGGCGGGACGAAUUGCGGAUUUUUACUGGUCGAGCAGCAAAACUGUUUCGGCAAACGGCUAUUCUGUCUCGCGUGAGUGAUAAACGGUGAUUGAUUCGGCUUCGCGCGAGUCGAAGCUCAGUCCCGCGAUAUCCUGUGGCGCCGAAAUUUAUUUCCAUACAACCUAAAAACAUGGAUCCGACCGUCCGGUCGCGUUAGUUAGCUCCAGUGGCGAUUCUACCGCCGAUAGCUGCUUCGCGCGAAUAGAGGGAUGUCUUCUACGCAGAACAAAGUGCGAGGUCCAGGGCGGCCGCCAAAAGCAAAGAACUCUGCGUGCACAUGGUGCGGAGAGACAAAACAACCAUUAAAAUAUGUACUACCCACACAGAACGGCAAGAAGGAGUUUUGCUCUGAGACAUGUCUGUCCGAAUCUCGCAAGACCUAUGCUCGUGGCGCUUGUGUACAGUGCGACAAUGUGAUCAGGGGUACACCUUUUAGACUGGAACAGAAAGAUGGUCCAACGAAAGAUUUCUGCUCUUCCUUCUGUUUAAAUGCGUAUCAAAAGAAGGAGACGCAAGAAGGUAUAAAGAAAAACAACAGGGAUCCGUCGUCACCAUCUCCCGCUCCAUCUCCAGCUCCAUCUGGGUUACCAAGCAAUAAUAAUGUACCUUCAACUACACAAUCUUAUACAAACACGAAUAAUCACACGACUGUAUCUCAUCCACCAUCAACCUCUACUGGACCUUUUCAAUAUGAAACCUUUCAGACUUUUGAUUGGGAUCUUUACCUGAGGGAAACAAAAAGCGCGGCAGCUCCAAUCGAGUGUUUCAAGCAGCAUGAAGUUCCGCCAACGAAUGAAUUCAAGAUCAAUAUGAAAUUAGAGGCAUUGGAUCCACGAAAUUUAACGUCGACCUGUAUCGCCACGGUAGUAGGUGUUAUUGGACCGAGGUUGAGAUUAAGAUUAGAUGGUUCUGAUAACAAAAACGAUUUCUGGCGGUUAGUCGAUAGUACUGAGAUACAUCCGAUAGGCCAUUGUGAGAAAUCUGGCGGGAUGCUUCAACCUCCAUUAGGCUUCAGGAUGAAUGCUUCUAGUUGGCCAAUGUUCCUCUUAAAAACGUUAAACGGCGCCGAAAUGGCACCAGCAAAAGUAUUCAAACGUGAACCAAAGACACCACGUUCUAAUUUGUUCAAAGUUGGACAUAAGUUAGAAGCAAUUGAUAAGAAGAAUCCACAACUUAUAUGCACAGCGACCGUCGGCGCGGUUAAGGACGAUCUGGUACAUAUUACAUUUGAUGGUUGGCGCGGUGCUUUUGAUUAUUGGUGUCGUUACGACUCCCGAGACAUCUUCCCUGCAGGAUGGUGUUUCAAAAGUGGACACCCAUUGCAGCCACCAAGACAAAAAGUGGGUCCCAACAAGUUUAGGUCCAGAUCUACGUCUAAUGUUACAUUAGUAAUGGCAGUCUCUGAAAAUAAUAAUAGAGAAUCUACAAACAAAGAAUCUGCAAAUAGAGAAUCUGCAAAUAGAGAAGGAGCAUCUUCUGCAGUUGCCUUAGUAAGCCCCGCAGGCUCCACUGGACCACCACAGCCAGCUACAGAACCUGACACUAGCACAGCUAAUACUAAGCCACUUGAAAACGUUACACUUUACGUCAACCAUAAAUGUCGUUGUGGGCCAUAUUUUGAUUUUCGAAAAGUAAAAGCCAUGCCGGCACAAUUUGGCAGUGGUCCUAUACCAAAUGUUGCAAGAGACAUCUUUCAAGCGUUCUUAAUGGCAGCCAUGAAUCCCAGGCAAAUAUUGAGUUUACUGAGAAAUGGCAACGGCGAAAACAUAACUUUGAGUUUGGGAACUUUGAAGAAAUCUACAACAAUAAAAUUACCCGUUUUUCUGGAGGAGGAAGAUUUCUAUACAUAUAUUAGGCAACAACUUAAGGACCUCCGAGCAUGUGAAUACAUGUUAACCAGAAGAAAAGAAUCUUGCAGCAAGUGCCCCGAUAUACCGUCACUAGAACAACCGCAAUCCACUAAUAAUGAAGAAGCAAAUAACACUAUAGGAGAAAAACGAAGAUGGCCAUCGGAGAAUCAACAAAAUUUAACGUCAACACAGCAGCCGCAGCAGCAACAGGUACAGCAAACUACCGUACAAAGUACAAACAAUUCUACAGAUUCUACAUCUCCUACAUCUACAAAACAAGCUCGCAAAUCUGUCCCUGAAUUAGAAGCAGCAACGUCUACUACUCAAUCCGAAGCUUCUGGAAAUCGCACUCCUUCUGCUGAGCCGGGAGAAUGGACUAUUGAAGAUGUGAUACAUUAUAUUGCCAUUACAGAUCCAGCAUUAGGACAACAUGCGGAUUUGUUUAGAAAACAUGAAAUUGAUGGCAAGGCUCUACUUCUUCUCAAUAGCGAUAUGAUGAUGAAGUAUAUGGGAUUAAAACUUGGACCCGCACUUAAGAUUUGUAAUUUAGUAAAUCGUAUUAAAGGUAGAAGACAUAUGCUUAUGUGAUUUACCCAGAUAUAAAUAUCUGUAUAGUGAUCUGAAAUAUGUGCAUUUUAUGCAUUUUAAUCAAUUGAUCAGAUUUGUUUUCGGUAAUAAAAAUAAAUUAAUAUAUAGGUUGUUACAAGUGAUGUGAAUAUCACAAUUAAUAAUUAAUAAUUAUUAUCUGAAUUUGUAUCCAUAAUUAUAAAAUCAUAGGUAAGCAAAAAUCAAAGUUGAGCUUUUUGAACACAUCAGGACAUUGUUAUUGUAUUAUUUUACAAAAGUAUAAAUUUACUUUAAUUAGUUGUAAUACAAGUAUUUUUGUUAAUAAAUUUACCAUUGCCCUAUAAGUAUUAGAUUAGCCUAAUUCGAUUCCACAUAUUAGAUAAGUAGUGAUAAUAUCACGAAUAAUAUAGUUGCAUCUCUAAUAUAGUUCUUAUGUACACACACAUAUGCUCACAAAAAGAUGACUUUUCAUAAACUUGUAAAUAUAGUUAUGUUAUUUUGCAUUACCAUUAAAUACAUAUAUUGUAAACGAGAUAUUUGUUGUGUGAUACUUUCAUAAAUAAUGUUUAUGAAAUCACAGGUUAAAACGUAUUUUUUUUACUUUACUGUAUUUUUAUUAAUUUAUAUGAUAUUGCAAAUAGAUUUAAUUUACUAUUGUGCAUCAUUCGACAUAUCUCGCGACGACUUGAUCAUUUAAUUUUUAAAAAUUUUAACUAGAAAAAUUUUAAUCCUUUUCCAUUGUAUAAGUAGAUUUAUAAGUAGAUAUUUAUAGAUUUUUGUUGCACUACAAAUGUAUUUAGACAUAUACAUUUUAAUUUUAAUAUACAAGAAAUAUUGAUAAAUUAAAAAAUGGAUGAAUUGAUGUGUUAGUUGCCUUUUUCAUUGUGUGAUAAUUUUUUAUUCUUUAUAUAAGAUGAACUACAAAUAUUUCGGAACAAUUAAAAUUAUAUUAAUUAAUUAUGACUUAUCAUUGCAUUACUACUGUGAUAUUCUCGAUAACUUGUACAGCAAGCUCUCAUAUUUCGUAAUACAAUUUGCAAAUAUAACAGUUUAUAUACAUAAAUUAUACACAAAGUUACUAUUUCUCUAUUUUAUUAUAGUUCCAUAAAUUUAUUUCUAUUUUGCUUUUUAUAAUUAUGAUAUUAAUCUGAUUAAUGGUGAUAUGUAACACAAUCAACGGGUGGUAAUAACAAUUGGUGUUAUAAAAUCGAAUUUAAUUAACGUUUAUACGACAUUUUACAUCAGUAGUAAUUACGGAUGUUAAAUGUGUAAAUGUAGUCUAUUAUAAGAUUAAAAAAAUGUCAUAAUAUCUCUCAUUUGUGUGAAAUUGCUCUUGUAAAUAUACAAAGGAAGAUUAAACUAUGUUAUGACUUA